AUGGCAAACAGGCCGGGAUAUACCAAUCAAGACGAUCUCCUACACCUCAGCGACGACAAUGAUGGACCGGUAUACAACAGCGGCCAGCCGCCGCCAGUAUCCGACGAGCGGAUGCUUCACGACUACGACAUGGAGGCAGCAGGAGCUGGGCGCAUUUCCACCUCGCACGAUGACUUUGUUGGAAGCGCGCAGCCGCACCCGGCGACGGCUGGGUUACCGGGAGGGCCUGGGGUAUCGGUGACAACACCUGGUGGAAGCGCGGCGACAUUCCGACCUCCCUUCGCUCAUGCAGACACAAAUUUUAGCCAAACAAGCGGGCUAGGCAACUACCAGCGGUACUCGGACAUGGACAACGAUACGUACUCAGAUGCCGGCGCCGGAGGAUACUAUGCAGCAGGAGGUGGAAUCGACGAGGACAAUGUCCCUGGGCUUCCGCUCAACAACAAGGCCAAUCACCGCAGUCGCAACAGCAUCUUGAGUCUGGGUGGAGGCAUCACAGGGCGGAUGAAGAAUGCACUUGGCAUGGGACCCGAUUACAGCGAGAUGGACUUGCCUCUCACAGAGCAGGGAGUACACCGAAUGGACUCUGAUAGCACGUCGCCGGACCAGCAGGCUGCAGUGAAGAAGAGAAAGACACCUGGAAGCACUUUCAAGUUUGGAAUACCGGGGCGAAAUAAGGUCGAUCCUGCGACACUCGGACCCAGGAUCAUACAUCUCAAUAACCCACCUGCCAAUGCUACGAACAAAUACGUGGACAAUCACGUUAGCACGACCAAGUACAAUGCCGCGACCUUCUUGCCCAAGUUCUUGUUCGAACAAUUUAGCAAGUACGCCAACUUGUUCUUCUUGUUUACUGCAAUAUUGCAGCAGAUCCCAAACAUCAGUCCAACAAACAGAUGGACCACGAUUGUGCCCCUGGGUAUUGUGAUGAUAGUGUCAGCUAUCAAAGAGGCGAUCGAGGACAAUCGUCGAAGAAGCCAGGAUCGGCAACUCAACAAGAGCCCAGCGAAGGUGCUGAGAGGCACCCGAUUUGAGGAUGUCAGCUGGAUCGAUGUCAAGGUUGGUGAUGUUAUAAGGGUUGAGAGCGAGGAGCCGUUCCCAGCGGACAUCGUUCUUUUGGCAAGUUCAGAGCCCGAAGGACUGUGCUACAUCGAGACGGCCAAUCUGGACGGUGAGACGAACCUGAAGAUUAAGCAAGCCAUACCGGAGACAUGCGAGCUAGUGUCCUCCGCUGAUCUGGCGAGGCUGGGAGGGCGGGUAAGGAGCGAACAGCCCAACUCAAGCCUUUACACCUACGAAGCGACUUUGACUAUGCAGGCCGGUGGCGGCGAGAAGGAGCUUCCGCUGGCGCCUGACCAGCUCUUGCUACGUGGUGCCACGCUCCGCAAUACACCCUGGGUGCAUGGAGUAGUGGUCUUCACCGGCCACGAAACGAAGCUCAUGCGUAAUGCGACCGCCACGCCUAUCAAGCGUACGAAUGUCGAACAUCGCGUCAACACACAGAUUCUACUCCUUGGCGCCAUCCUCAUCGUCCUCAGCGUCAUCUCUUCCGUCGGCGACCUCGUCAUGCGGUUGACGAGCGGCCACAAGCUCUUCUACCUCGCCCUGCCAGAAAGCACGAACGCUGCUGCGCUCUUCUUCUCGGAUCUCUUCACCUAUUGGAUUCUCUACUCGAAUUUGGUGCCCAUCUCACUGUUCGUCACAGUAGAGAUCAUCAAGUACUGGCAAGCCUACCUCAUCGGUUCUGAUCUCGAUAUUUACUACGCUCAGACGGACACGCCGAGCAAUUGUCGUACAUCCUCGCUUGUCGAGGAGCUGGGACAAGUGGAGUACAUCUUCUCCGACAAGACCGGAACGCUGACAUGCAACAUGAUGGAGUUCCGCCAGGCGAGUAUUGGUGGCUUUCAGUAUGCUGACGACGUGCCUGAGGAUCGGAGAGUGGCUUCCGAAGACGAUAUUGGGACUGGGAUUUUCGACUUCAGGGCUUUGGAGCAGCAUCGGACCACUGGCCGGAUGGGGAACGAUGAACGGAUCAAGCUCUUCUUGCAAUUGCUGAGUACGUGCCAUACCGUCAUUCCUGAGACGAAUUCGGAGAAGCCAGGUGUGAUCAAGUACCAGGCUGCUUCACCCGACGAGGGCGCUUUAGUCGACGGCGCCGUGCAGCUGGGUUACAAGUUCACGGCGCGAAAGCCGAAGGCGGUGACGAUCGUGUCUGACGGCCAGGAGUACGAGUUCGAGCUACUGGCUGUGUGCGAGUUUAACUCCACUCGGAAGCGGAUGAGCUGUAUCUUCCGAUGCCCGGACGGCAAGAUCAGGUGUUUCUGCAAGGGUGCCGAUACGGUCAUUCUCGAGCGCUUGGGCCAGAGAGAUGAGAUUGUCGAGAAGACGCUGCUCCAUCUCGAGGAGUAUGCCGCGGAGGGCUUGCGAACUCUAUGUCUAGCCAUGCGCGAGGUGCCUGAGAGCGAGUUCAGAGAAUGGCAGAGUGUAUUCAAUACUGCCCAAACGACUGUGUCUGGCAGCCGCGCGGAUGAGCUGGACAAGGCUGCUGAGCUGAUUGAGCACGACUUCACAUUGCUUGGGGCCACAGCCAUUGAGGACAAGCUGCAGGAUGGCGUGCCGGAUACUAUCCACACGCUCCAGACUGCCGGCAUCAAAGUUUGGGUUCUGACUGGCGACCGGCAAGAAACAGCCAUCAACAUCGGCAUGAGCUGUAAACUCAUCUCGGAAGACAUGACCCUCCUCAUCGUCAACGAGGAAAAUUCUGAAGCCACUCGGUCCAACAUCCAGAAGAAACUCGAUGCCAUCAACUCGCAGAACGCAAGCAGCGCGGAGAUGGAAACCCUUGCCCUCGUCAUCGACGGCAAGAGCCUGACAUUCGCACUGGAGAAGGACAUGGAAACGCUCUUCCUCGACCUGGCCGUAAAAUGCAAAGCCGUCAUCUGCUGCCGUGUCUCACCAUUGCAAAAGGCGCUGGUAGUGAAGCUGGUAAAGCGCCACCUCAAAUCUAUCCUCCUCGCCAUCGGUGACGGCGCCAACGACGUCUCCAUGAUCCAAGCCGCACACAUCGGCAUCGGUAUAUCCGGCGUUGAAGGCUUGCAAGCCGCUCGCAGCGCCGAUGUCAGCAUAGCACAGUUUCGCUUCCUACGAAAACUCCUGCUUGUGCAUGGCGCGUGGAGCUACCAACGAAUCAGCAAAGUCAUCCUCUACUUCUACUACAAGAACACGGCCCUCUUCAUCACGCAGUUCUGGUACUCGUUCCAGAACGCAUUCUCCGGCCAAGUCAUCUACGAGUCGUGGACGCUGUCCUUUUUCAACGUCAUCUUCACCGCGCUGCCACCCUUCGUCAUCGGCAUCUUCGACCAGUUCGUGAACGCGCGGUUGCUGGACCGGUAUCCGCAACUCUACCAGCUCAGCCAAAAGGGCAUCUUCUUCCGCACGCACAACUUCUGGUCUUGGGUUGCGAAUGGGUUCUACCAUUCCUUGCUCCUCUACUUCGUGUCCGAGCUCCUGUACUGGGACGACCAUGUCCUUCCAAACGGCAAGAUCGCUGGACACUGGGUCUGGGGUACCUCGCUCUAUACCGCCGGCUUGGUGACUGUGCUGGGCAAGGCGGCGCUGAUUACGAAUUUAUGGACCAAGUACACCGUCAUUGCCAUCCCUGGGUCUCUGCUGAUCUGGUUCAUCUUCCUACCGGUCUACGCGACGGUUGCACCGAUGUUGAACUUUUCCACUGAGUACACGAACGUGCUGCCGGUCUUGCUCACGGAUCCUUCGUUCUGGUUGAUGGCGGUGGUGCUACCGGCGCUCUGUCUGCUGCGAGACUUUGCGUGGAAGUACGCCAAACGGAUGUACUACCCGCAGGCGUACCAUCAUGUGCAGGAGAUCCAGAAGUACAAUAUCCAGGACUAUCGACCACGAAUGGAGCAAUUCCAAAAAGCGAUCCGUAAAGUCCGGCAAGUGCAGCGGAUGCGGAAGCAGCGCGGGUACGCUUUCUCGCAGACGGAUGAGAGUCAGGCGCGGGUGCUGCAGGCUUAUGAUACGACGAGGGAGAGAGGGAGGUAUGGUGAGAUGGCUAGUAGUAGACGGUAG